AUGAAUGAUCUCAAACAAUCGAUUGCAUUUAAUUCAGACAUGAAUAAUAAUAAUUUAAUUGAUUCAAAGGAACAUGAAUUAAUGAUAAUAAAUGAUAAUGAAAAAAUGUUUACUAUUGGUCAGAUUAAAGAGCUUCAUAUGCUUAAUUUUAUGUGUCAUAAAAAUUUUUCCAUACAGUUUUAUCCUACUCAAAUGCAAAUUAUAACUGGUGCAAAUGGUUCAGGAAAAUCAACUAUAGCAAAUGCAAUUUGCCUUUGUUUGGGUGCACAAGCAAGAACUACUGGACGGACAUCAAAUAUUCAAUCCUUUAUAAGAAAAGGAGAAACAUCAGCUCAAUUAACAAUUACAUUAGCAAAUGAGGGACAAGAAGCAUAUAAACCAGAAAUUUAUGGUAAUCAAAUUCAAAUCAUUCGAAAAAUUGGUUCUCGACAGUCUAGUUACGUAAUUUUAGGUGCUAACCAUAGAAUAAUAAGCAAACGUAAAGAAACAAUAGAUGAAAUACUACAAGCUCUAUCUAUAUCUCCUGAAAAUCCACUGUGUAUAUUACAUCAAGAUAUAGCAAAAACAUUUUUGAUAAAUAGUGAUUCAAAUAAAAAAUAUCAAUUUUAUAUGAAAGUAUCACAAUUAGAUCAGAUGAAACAAGCUUAUGAGCAAAGUAUUUGCACUGUUCAAUUAUUAACUCAACGAGUUAAUACUAUGAAAGAGAAACAUAUUGAUAUGCUUAGAGAAUUAGAACCAUUAGAACAAGAGGUUAAACAAAUUGAACUUAGACGUGAUUAUGAGGGUGAAAGACGUGUAUUAGAAAAGGAAUUAACUUUAGCUCGUGCUGAUCAAAUACAAGAGAAAAUAAAUGAAUUGCAAAAUGAGUUAGAUGAAAUAGAAACAGAUAAAUAUGAAAUUGACAAACAAAUCACUGAAUAUAAUAUAGAAUUUAUUAACAUGGAACAACAAUUAAAUGAUUAUUUUAUAGAAAAGAAUGAUUUAGAAAAAGAUACAAAUAGUUUAAGAGAAUUAAUAAUGCAUUUUUCCAAACAAAAAAAUGAUAUUCAACACAAAAUUCGUUCUUAUAUACAAGAUUGUGACGUUUAUAAAAAUAUUUUAACGGAAGUUGAACUCAAACAAAUAUAUUUACAACAACAAAUUGAUAAAUAUGAAAAUUUAAAUCGACAAUUAGAUAAUAGUGAUCAACAACGUCUAAAAAUUGAUCAUGAAAUAGCAACUCGACGAGAAAAUCAAAUUGAAUGGGAGAAAAUAAUAAAUUCAUUAACGAAUGACAUACAUUCAAAUGAUAAUGAUAUUCGUAAUAAACAAUCGGAAAUUGAUUAUCUAGAAAAUGAAGUAAAACAAAAAAAACAAGAAUUGGAUGAAUUAAUUAUAAUUGAUCAAAAUCAAACAGAUAUCUAUGGUUUAUGGAUGUCAAGUUGUCUAAGCGAUAUUCAAAAUGAACAAAGAUUUCAUAAGAAACCUAUUGGUCCAAUAGGUCGUUAUAUUCACUGCACUGAUCCACAUUGGGCAUAUGCUGUAGAAAAACAUCUUGCACCUAUUAUGCCUGCAUUUAUUUGUACAGAUAAUCAUGAUGAACAAAUUCUACUUGAAAUCUUAGCAUCAUAUUCAUCUGAUGAUUAUUAUCCACCAGUAUAUGUUCGAGCAUAUUCAGAUAAUACUCCAGAUAUAUCUGGAACAUUAAAACAUAUAAAACAAGCUAAUGUUAUAUCGAUUUAUGAUAUUUUAAAAAUUGAUAAUAUAACUGUUGAAUGUGCAUUGAUUGAUUUUAAACAAAUUGAAGCAACUAUUUUACUUGAAAAUUUAGAUGAAGUUAAACAAAUUCGAGAAAGUGAAAGAUUAAACUGGAAAAAAAUUGAUAGAAAAGUUAAACAAGUUGUUGAAGCUUGGACAUAUGAUGGAUCAAAUAUUAAAUUCGAUAAAACAUUUCGAAUUUAUACAAAUCAUAAACAAGCAGUUAAAUAUUUUUCAACAGAUAAUAAUCAGUCAUUAUCAAUUAAAGAAUUACAAAUUAACAUAAAACAAUUAAAUGAACAAAUUAAACGUAUGAAUGAAUCAAUAAAUAUAUUAAAAACCAUUCGACAAACAAAUAUAGACGAAAUGGAACAAACAACAAGAGCUAAUACAAAUAAUAAGAAUAAAAUUAGAGAACUAAUGAAGGAACUCGAUCGUCUUAAUUCUACAAUGCCGAUGGUUAUUGAUUGUUCACUUGAUGAAUUACAAGAAAAAGCUCGAAAUUAUGUUGCUACAUAUAAGGAUACACUUCGUAAAUACGAUGAAGCAAGAGAAAAGAAAGACAACAAUCUUGAACAACUUGCUAUUAUUGUAGAAAAUCAUGACAAUCUAACAAAAAAACUCGAUGGAAAAACUCAUCAAUAUGAACUUCUAAUCGAAAAACUUGAUACAAAAAAAUCUAAAUACACUGAAUUUCAAGAAAAAAUUAAAAAAUUAAAGAAACAAUCUCUUCGAUUUAAUAAACAGAUUCUUAAAUAUGAAACUAAAUUAAAACAAUUAAAUAAAAAACAUCGAAAAAAAUUUAAAAAUAGAAGUGCAAUUAUUCGAUCUAUUAAAGAUAUUCAACAAAAACUUGAUGCAAUUACUAAUUAUCUGAAAGCAAAUGAAGACACGAAUGAAAAACGUAGAGAAAUAAUUAAUGAAUAUCGAAUAAAACGUGAUGCUGCAAGAGAAUAUAAACAAACUUAUGAACGAUGUUAUCAACAAGUUGAACAUCUUAAACAAUUUAUUAAUAAACGUCAAGAAAGUUUUCAUACAAUAGCUGAUCGACAUCAAUAUUAUCUUCGUACGAAAUUUCAAAAAUUAAUGGAAAAAUAUAAUUUUGAUGAUACAAAUAUUAAUAUCGAUCAUAAAAAAGAAGAACUUGAAAUAAUUGUUAAUAUACAUCAGAGAAAUUUAAAAUCAUUAUCUGGUGGUGAACGAUCAAUAUCAACAUUUUGUUUUCUACUAGCACUUUGGCAAUCUAUUUAUCAACCAUUUCGUAUACUUGAUGAAAUUGAUAUUUAUAUGGAUAAUGAAAAACAACAUUCAUCAUUUGAUAUUCUUUAUGAAAAUACUUUACAAUAUUCAUCAUCACAACAUAUCAUAUUGACACCACAAUCUAUAGAUUCACAGUUAUGGAAUGAUUUAAAUGUACCGGUUUUUACUAUGCAAAUACCAAAACGUUCAUUAUGA